AUGUCAGAAAAGAGACCCGUCAAGCGACUUGUGGUGUUGGUAGACGGAGUUGAAGCUCGGGAAACCAAGAAGGAAGCGAACCCGUCAACAAUUCAGAGGAUCAAUCAAUUAGUACACGAUGGGCUGGUUGAGUCGAACGGAGUUCCCGUUGCGCAGAUUCCCAGGUAUUAUGUUGCACCCAGCAAUGCUGUCAAGCUGAGCGAUAUGUUCCGAUCACGGAGCACGACAAGCGAUGAAUCGACAAACCUCAUCAAGACCAUUGUUAGGGACAUCUGUCUCACGCUUGAGCGGCCAGAAGAUGAGCUCUGGCUUUACGGUUCUGGACACGGAGCCUUCAUCGCUCGCGCAGUUGCUGGCAUCGUGCAUCGAAUGGGCCUGCCGACAACGCAAGGUUUCGAUGAUUUGUUUGAUACAUCUCUUGGGCUGAUCAAGGCUCAACUUGAGGAUGAUUUCAAGCGAGGCCCCGUACUACUACAGAAGAUCAAAAGUGAAGCGCAAGAUCCUCCUCGGAUACCCUUUGUUGGUCUCUUCGACACCAUCGUUCAUAGUUCAAAGACAUCUUACGACAUCUCGUUCAACCCUUCAAUCGAAACUCUUCGCCAUGCGCUGGCCAUAAAUGAGAACAGGUCCAGCAAGACACCAGAAGUGGUCAACAUUCCUGACGAUGCGGACAUGACACAUCGGUCACUUAUCCAAGCAUGGUUUCUCGGUACACACGAAGACAUGAUCGGUGGAACGGCUCACGACGGCCUUUCACUCUACCCACUACAGUGGAUGGUUCUGGAGAGUAUCUACUCUGGCCUCCGUGUCAACAAUAUGGGCGACUCAAAAGCCAGCGACAAUCCCAUGUCUUUGAUAUUCCCGCAGUAUGCUGGCAACCUUCCGCCCUUGGACGGAUCAGAAGAGAUCGAAUGGCGGCUCCAAUACACAAAUGGCCUUCGAACAAGCAUGUUUGACCUUCAGAGUAUGCACGCAAAGAAAUCGGCGGGCGGCGUGGAGACUCACUCCAUCAAACUUGACACGGAUUGUUACAAACAUGCUGCCAGCCGGAAAGUGUUUGCUGCAGAUGGAAGCUUGAAAGGAUGGUGUGACGUUGGACCGUAUGGAAACAUGAUCCAUCCCUCCCUAUUCUGUAUUCUCGAUAGAUACCCCCGAUACAACGAUCUGAAGAAUUUCCAACCCCUCAAGAAGCCAAUCUCAGACUUUCAGGAUUCUUACCUCGUUGUCACAGAGGAUGGGUUGGCUCCAUGGCUUCAAGGGAUGCAGCUCGAAGCAAGCGGCGUCAAAGCCUUUCGAAUUCUAGUAUGCGGCAAGACGGGCGUUGGAAAAUCGACAUUGAUCAACAAGGUCUUCGGUGUUGAGAUGACCGACGAGUCUCUUUCAUAUGAUCAGGGAGUUCAUGACAUCAACGUCGCCUUUGAAUCCCCAAAGCAUCCCGGACUCUUGAUUCAUGACUCAAGGGGCUGGCAGGCCGGUAGUGAUACCGAGCUUGAGUUGAUCGCAAAGUUCCUUCGGCACCGAGCGUUCCAAGAAGAUCCCGCCGAAGCUCUUCAUGUCAUUUGGUUCUGCGUUGACGCCGAUGUCGCACGUAUCGAAGAAGCCGACAAGCGAACCUUUGCCACAAUUGCCCAAUACUCACACCAAGUCCCCGUUUUCGUCGUUGGUACAAAGAAGGAUAAACUCACUGGCUAUCGAAAAAUGCAAUACUUGGAAGAGCUCAUGGAGAAGACAGACGACUACAGAGAAGCCAAGCGACUUGCUGAAAUGAAAGCCAAUGCUGUUGCCGAGGAACAGUUCGCCGAGCUGAGGAACCAGCUUUCGCAGAUUGAGCACUACAAAGCUGACGGCUUCUGCUGCCUUUCAAAGAAUGAUGACGCCGGUGUCAAAGAUCUACUCUCACAAACCCUCGGCCUUAUCGUCGACGAACGCGUACGUCUCUUCUGUGUUGCCGCUCAAGUCGUUGAUGUUGAACAGAAGAUCAACUCAGCGAUAACAGAGUGUAUGAGACUAGGAACCCAUGCAAUCCGCACUGCCGCCGUUCCUCUCCCUUGCACAGGCUUGGUCGGAACCCCGACUGUCUCGCGCCUCAUCUGCGAGCAUGUACUUCAAUGCUUCGGCUUUCCCAAAGCUGCGCCCGCAGAGAUCGAGCAGAUCAUGUCGGAUAUCGUCAUGAGCAACUUUAAGCAGUACCUCCGAGUUUCUCUGUCGCAGUUUGCGGCUGUUAGUGCUAUCUCGAUUGGUGCUGCGGUGCCGACUAUGGGAAUUGGCAUCAUUGUUGGUGCGGCGGGCUGUCUUUUGGGACUUCCUCCUACAGCUCGGAUGCUGCUCAAAUGCUCAUGCGAUAUGAUUCUUAUUCUAGAAAGGUCGUUUCGCUACGACGGAAAAUAUGUUUCCAUCAAGCAGAUCGAAGAUGCAGCCAAGUACUACUCGAAAACGACAAUCACGACGUUCAAUGGAAAGGAGAAGCGGUUGCAGCAGCAAGUCCACGAUGAACUGGACCAGCUUAUCCCACUGAAGAAGGUCAACAUUGGCUUCAAGUUUAACAAGCUGAGAUCAUCUGUCGAAGAGAUCAUCUAUAGCAAUCGUUUUGGCAACCCUCCCGACUACACUUCCCUCCGAAGCCCCUCCAGCGUCGGUCUCGACCUACAGCCAGGAGGGCCUGUCGAGAUGGAUGCCGCGCCUACUAUCUCAGAGUUGCCUGGCGACGCAGUCGACUACUCGCAGUUAUCGAAGUCGGACGAGAAGUCUGAUCAGCUACAACUUCUUGAGCUUGAUUCAACCGAGGUCGGCUCAAAAGAAGGACAUGUUUCGAUGGCAUCGAAUACUUCAGGAACAACCACACAAAUUGGCCCUUCACUUGCAAACAAACUUGUCGAGCUUCACGUUCAACCGCCUGAACUCGAGGGCAACGCGCCGGGUGAUGUGAGACAAGAUUCUUUGGAAAUACCGCCAACGGCGACGAGGAGUAAAUCUGACCCCUCUGGGUCGAAAUGGUCCAAUAAACUGUCAUCGUGGAAGUUGAGUCGGAAGUCGAAGACACUGAAGCAAUGA